CGUCCAUGUCUGGGGAGGUAAAAGAGGUUCUCCUUGAAAUUAUAAAAGAGUGAUCAAUUCCAAUAAAGGGGCAGUUGCGUUCAAGUGUUCUUCAUCGAAACAACUACUAGGGUUUCUUGGAGACAAGUAAUCCUGUUCAAAGUAAAAAAAAAUAAUAAAUAAAUAUGAAGGAAGAUUUGACAAUUGAGUGGGUCACUGCAGCUGAUGACUACAAAUGUAAAUUAUCAUCUGAAACACAAAAAAUUGCAAAAGAUGAACUUCGUGAGGAUAAAAAUACUCGUGAUCAAGCACUUCAACAAAUGCGUGAUUGGAUUAAAAUGAAUCCACGUAUUGAAAAUUCACGUUUAGAUGCAAAGUGGUUACUUCGUUUUCUUCGUACAAAAAAAUUUAAUGUACCAAUGGCACAAGAAGCAGCUGAACGAUAUCUUUUAUUACGACAAGCAUAUAAUCCUGCAUUCAACAACUUGGAUAUAGGUGAACCAGUCAUGGAUGAAUUACUUUCCCUUGGAUAUAUUUUUGCAGUUCCUGGACGUGAUAACAAAGGACGUCGAGUUAUUGUUGCUAGACCUGGUGUUUUUGAUCCUUAUAAAUAUACAAAUGCUGAUAUGUGUAAAAUUCAUGCAAUAACAUAUGAAGCAUUGAUGGAAGAUGAAGAAAAUCAAAUUCGUGGUUUUGUACAUUUUGCUGAUGGUGGUGGUGUUAGUUUUCCACAUUUAACAUUAUUUACACCACGUGAAGCUGUUCGUAUUGUUAAAAAUGGAGAGCGUACUGUACCAAUGAGACACAAAGAAGUGCAUGCUAUUAAUGUUCCAAGCUCAUUGAAAUUUGCAUUGGACUUUGGUAUGUCAUUAAUAUCUGAAAAAAUACGUAAACGUAUUAAAAUAUAUACAAGUUUAGAAGAUGCAUUGAAUAAUAAAAUUGAUGCCAGUAUGUUGCCAAAAGAAUAUGGUGGUACAAUGCCAAUGAAAGAGAUGAUUGAAUUAUGGAGAAAAGAAUUGAUUGAAAUUCGUCCAACAUUAAUUUUACAUGAUAAAAUGAAAGUUAGAACACAUUUGUAUUCAGAAAAAGCACGUGAAGGUGCAAUAUCAGCAUUAAAACAAGGUUUUGGUUGUCAAGAUGUAAGCUCAACUGAUUCAACAUUACAUGGAAUCACUGGAUCCUUUAGGAAACUUGAAGUUGAUUAAUUUAUAAUUUUAAAAUUUAUUUUUACAAAAUAUUUUCAAUAAUAAUUAAGCCAAAUUUCUUAAAUAGAAUAUAAAUAUAAUUUUUAAAGUAGUAUCACCUAAGAUGUGUUCACAUCAUUAUAUAAUUUUAGAAAAAAUUAAAUUCAACUAUCAUUUUUUUAAAAUUCAUUAUAUAAUUUUUAAUAUUUUUCUCUACAAUAUUUUGUGAUAAAUAAUUACAAAAGUUACAUGCACUUGGGUAAAAGAAAAAUAAUAAUUAAAAAAUAUUUUUAAUUUUCGUUUAAAUGUAGAUAAGAAUUUUUUGAUGUUGUUUGAUUAUCUGAUUUCAUUUGUAUUUCACAAUAUUGAUUUUUUUUUUUCAGUACAAUUCUAGGUUUAUUGAACAAUCUUUUAAUUCAAUAAUAAAUUUCCAGUAAUUUAGAAUUAUAGAAAAAAUUAUUAACAGGUAAUUAAACAAGAUGAUAAAUAUUAUUUUAAAAUAAUCAAUUGUUAUCAAUUAUUUCGAAAUAAAAAUUACAAUUAUAAUAAAAAUAAUUUGAUGAAAAAAAC